UUUAAAACGAAUAAAAUAUUUAAAAUUUCAUUAAAAUUGUUCAAAAUUUUUUUUUAAAAUGGAUAAACAAAUAAUUCGUUUUGAAACAGAAGUAGAUUGUUAUGGAUUUAGUCUUGAACAAUUUAAGCUAGAAGGUAGAAUUCUUGCAAAAAAAACAUUAGAAAAUUGUAUCGAUAAUUUUAAAAACAAAUUGAUAGAGAAGUUGGAAAAUGCUAAUGCCUCACCUGAAACCAUUGCUAAAUUAAAUGAAUACCAAUUCAAUGAUUUGUGUAUGAAAAUUUUUAAUAGUUUUGAAGCACAGUUUAAGAAUUUCGAUGAACUUGUUGAAAGAGCAUUUUCAUUGUCAGAAAAUAUGAUAUAUGGUUGCUAUGAAAGUUGUUCAAAAUUUACUGAAGCAGAUGAAGAAUUUUUAAAAAAUGAAAUACAGGAGUGCGAGUUAUGGUAUAUGCAGAAUAAGUAUAUGUUACUUGCCAUGAAGACAGAGUUAGAAUCUUAUAAAGACCUUGAACCUGUUAUUCUUAAGGAAGCACAAUUAGUUCAACAUUUAGAAAAUGUGUUGGAAAUAUUUCAAAAUGAUUGUAAAUUAAACGAUAGUUUAAUUGAAACCAUAAAUGUUUUUAAGUAAUUUUG